GUUCAGUUGUACAAAUCACAACGUUCUAACCACCCCACAACAAAAUGUACAAAUUCGUAGUAUUUUUCGCCAUCGUCGCCCUGGCUGUAGCCGUACCAGCUCCCGAGGCCGUCCCUGAAGCCAAGGCCGCCCCUAAGCCAAGCAUCCUAGCCGCAGCAUACACCGCCCCAGUAGUCGCUGCCCCUGCCGCCUAUGCCGCCUACCCCUACGCUGCGCCACUGGCAUAUUCCAGCUACAUCGCUGCACCCUCCGUCUACGCCGCUGGAUACACUGCCUACCCGUACGCUCCAACCGUCGUCGUUUGAUUUUGUUGAUAGUAAAUAGAAAAUAAAAUGAUUGUUAAAGUUUAUGUCAAUAGUGUUAUUGUAGGCAAUACUAUUCCUUUCAAAAGUAUAAGAUAACAUAACUAUUUGGCGAGAAGCGCGAAAUGCUUUUGAGAAGCCAUAUCGACACUCGAAUUCGUCAG